GCGCUUAAAAGACGGCUGUUGCGGCUCAAAGCCUCUGUACAGCUGAGGUCAGGGUGGCAGAAGUUUGGUCCAAGAAACACUGCAAGGAUGAAAGUCUUCCUUUUCCUUGUGGUGGGCUUGGCUGUUUCUUCUGCAGACACAGAUGAAGUAGAAAUAAUAGACGCUGAGGAAAUUGGUCAACCAAAGGACAUUACGGAAAUAAACAUGAAAUCAAAUUUACGUGAUGAUAUUCUGAAGGCACCAAACAGGCAAAGCAGCUCCAUUAGUGAUGACGACUAUCUUUGGACAUCCCCAGUCCCAUAUGUUUUGGAAAAUAACCUUGAGAUCAAUGCUAAAGGAGUGAUCCUGAGGGCCCUCGACGAGUACAGGCUCAAGUCAUGCAUUGACUUCAGACCAAGGAAGAAUGAAUACUAUUACAUCUCCGUCCAAAAGUUAAACGGAUGCUACUCAUAUGUUGGAAGGAUAUUUAGUGGACAGGAGAUCUCCAUCGGCAGAUUUUGUGAUUCAAUCGGCAUUGUUCAACAUGAGUUUCUCCACGCUCUUAGCUUCUACCAUGAACAAAGCCGCUAUGACAGAGAUGAUCAUGUAAACAUUCUGUUUGAGAACAUCCAAGCAGGUUAUGAGAACAACUUUAUCAAAUUUAAUAAGUCAGAGACCACGGUUUCCGGACUCCCAUAUGACUACAACUCAUUGAUGCACUAUAGCUCUCAAGCAUUCUCCAAUGGAAACGGGUCUACAAUUGUCACCAAAGAUCCAAAGUUCCAGGAUGUGAUUGGUCAAAGACAGCAAUUGAGUCCAAUCGAUGUUUUGGAGCUGAACCGCCGCUACAAAUGCAAGUCAACCAUUGCAUUUCACAUGUACUGCAGCUUCUCUAAUGAGAGCAUGUGUGGAAUGAACAACUGCUCAAACAGUGGCAAUGACAAUGGCUGGGAAAUGGUAAAACAAGCACAAGGGGGUCCUAAAACUGACCACACCACUCUACCCACUGCCAGCAGUGAGAAUGGUAAAGAAGAAGGUUAUUUCAUGCAUGCUAGCACAGCAAGCGGUGAGGAAGGUAAAACCUCAUGGCUGGAGACCAAGAUCAUGGAGCCAACCAGGAAGUGUAAUGUCCAGUGUCUCCAGUUCUAUUAUUACCACAGUGGGAACGAGUCAGACAUACUGAACAUCUGGAUCAGAGAGUUUGACGAUCAAUACGACUCUGAAGGAACCCGCCGCCUCAUGGGACAGAUCACUGGUCCUCAAACAUCUCACUGGCGCAUCCAUCAUGUUUCCCUGAAUGCCACCAAGCACUUCCAGGUGGCGUUUGAGGCUCGUACAGGAGCAGGGAGCUCUUCAGGCGGUUUCUCAAUUGAUGACAUCAAUCUGUCCGAGAUCGAGUGUCCACAUGGAACCAUGCAGAUAGAUAAUUAUAAGGAUAACUUCAACAGUAGUUCUAGAAUCUACAGCCCACGGCAGUACACCAUAGACGGCUAUGCCUACCGUAUACAAGUAGAUAUAAAUAGAUUUUAUACUUCAGUGUUUAUGCAAAUGUUGUCAGGCCAAAAUGAUGAGAAGCUGGAGUGGCCUUGCUUACAAAGGCAAAUGACUCUACGAAUGCUGGAUCAGACAAACUUACAGCUGCACAUGUCAAGCGAAAAAAGUUUCACCACUAGCAGAGACUACCUCAACAGCUUAGGUAUAUCUCCGUGGGACAAUCCUCGUAAGAAUGGAACUGCAGUCAUUGAUGAGAAUAAUCAGACUGCCUUUGCUGGAUCAUUGUAUGGCUACAGAUUUUUUUCAAAUAAUUAUCUAAUUCGAUCCAGAAACUACAUCAAGGGAGACAGUUUGAUUUUAACCUUCAACUUCCAAGAUCUCAAUCCCUUGAUACAUAAAAGUGCUUUACCAUGUCCUGAGCUGGCACCAGUGAAGAUUGCACAUCCUCCCGUAGAUCUGGAUAGUGGCCCAUGUGUACCACGGAUCACCCCACCACGUCCUAAAACAACGCCUCCUAGACCAACGCAUCCUAGAACAAGCCCUCCUCGACCAACGCCUCCUAAAACAACUGAUGACAAAAGCAUCUUUGGCUUCUCUCCUGCAAUGGUGGCUUCUCCUGUCCUCACCCUCCUGCUCGCACUGAUGCUUUCAAUGCCAUGAUGGACAGGACCAGCAAUUUGCCUUGAUGGCUUAUUCAAAAAAAGGCUGUACUGGGAGACACUGAUCAGGGAUACAUAGUUCAUUCAGACUCUUGUGUCAUCAACAAGUGAGAAUUGAAGAAAUGCCGAUAAUACAAUUUUUUGCAUUGUGUGGUGGGAUCAUAUACUUUUGUUAGUUUUGCAUGUUGAUGAUCAUUUAUGGAUUAUUCUGGAAAAUAUGUUAAAAGGUUUGUGGGAUAUCAUGUAAUACUAUAUUUCUUUAAGGAUAAAAAUUAAAACAUACACACAUACUAUAAGCUUACUAUUGAAAUACUGAUGUAUACAUGUAAUUGAUUAAAGAUACUAAUUGUGUUGUUUAAGAAUUUCUAAUAAAAAUGUGGUGGUUAUGGA